AUGUCGCCCUCUGCCAUGGACCUCGAUGCGCCUGCAUCAGAGCAACAAAACUCAAUACCUCCUCCUACUCUAUAUCCUGCGAAAGAUCUUCACUUUGACAAAUAUGUCGAGCCUCAGCCAGAUGGAUAUCGAACAGCCAAAUCGCGGGGAUCUGGUCAAGCUGCGAUAGUAAUUGACAAUGGCUCAUCGGUGACUCGAGCUGGCUGGUCCUUCGAGGACUCACCACGUCUCAAUAUCUUACCGCUUUUCUCUAAAUAUAGAGACAGGAAGAUGGGCAAAACGUAUUCGUUUGUUGGCGCCGAUGUCUAUGCAGAUACUACAGCUAAGGGCCACAUGAGAAAUGCCUUUGAGGCGGGAAGCGGGAUUGUUAGCAAUUGGGAUGUUAUGGAGCAAGUACUGGAUUGUAUCUUUCUUAAAUUGGGCGUCGACUCAGAAGGAAGUGUGGACAUGCCUAUUGUUAUGACGGAAGCUGUCGCAAACUUACCGUACUCAAGGAAAUCUAUGACCGAAAUCAUAUUUGAGUGUUAUGGAGCACCAUCUGUGGCUUACGGAAUCGAUUCUUUAUUUUCGUACGACUACAAUGGGGGCAAGACAGGACUUGUUGUAUCUUCUUCCCACAGCUCUACGCAUCUGAUUCCGGUUUACAAUUCGAAGGCCAUGCUUACCCAGGCAACAAGAUUGAAUUGGGGUGCAUCACAAAGCGCCGACUACCUUUUAAAGCUCAUCAAACUAAAGUAUCCUAGCUUUCCAGGAAAGCUGGCUGCCACUCAAACGGAAUACAUGGUACAAGAUCAUUGUUACUUAUCCCGAGAUUAUGAUGAGGAAGUGAGCAAGUAUCUCGAUUGGACAGGGUUGGAAGACAGAGACCGUGUCAUACAAUAUCCGUAUACAGAAGUCAUCGAGGUACAAAAAAGCGAAGAAGAGUUAGCCAAGAUUGCAGAGAAGAGAAAGGAGAGUGGUCGAAGAUUACAAGAACAAGCCGCCAAAAUGCGACUUGAGCGAUUAGUUCGCAAAGAACAAGAACUUGAGUACUACAGACAUCUACAAGGCAGGUUAGUAGACCAAACAAAAAAGGAAAUUAAAAGAUUACUCGACGCCGAAGAGUUGAAAGACGAAGCUGCUCUCGAAAAAACCAUCAAGGAACUUGACAAAAGCAUUCGUAAGGCUCGAACUAAGGAUGUCGGUGGACCGGAAAUCGAGGAAGAAGUCGAAGAACCAGAUUACUCUAUGCUUGAAAUUCCAGAUGAGCAACUAGACGAAGCAGGCCUCAAACAAAAGCGUCAUCAACGUCUCAUGAAAUCCAAUAACGAAGCCCGCGCUCGUGCCAAGGCAGAAAAGUUGGCAGAAAAAGCUCGUAUCGCGGAAGAACAACGCAUAGAUGAUGAAAAGCGAGAAAAUGAUCUCGAAGGAUGGCUUCAAGAGCGUCGAGAAGCUCGAGCUACUAUGCUUCAAAAGAUUAAAGACAGAGAACGUCUCAAAGCAGACCUAGGAAACAGAAAAAGUCUCGCGAGUCAAAUCCGUAUGAAGAGUAUCGCAAACCUAGCAUCCGAUAACCCGACUAAAAAGCGUCGUCGCGGAGGCGAUGACGAUAACUUCGGUCAGAAUGAUGAUGAUUGGGGAGUCUAUCGUACCAUACAAACUGGAGACGGCGGUAGUGAUGACGAGGAAGAAGAAGAUCCUAGCGUUCUUCUCAAAACCCUCGAAGCGGAUCUCCUCAAAUACGAUCCCGAAUUCACGGAUCAACAUACCUUUGACGCGCAAACCGAUUGGACCAAAUCCCUCAUCCAUGCUUUUCUCCGUGGACCACGACCCUUCAAUCCGGCCAGCACGGCGGAAGCCCACCAACUCCAUCUCAACGUCGAGCGGAUCCGCGUCCCGGAAGUUAUUUUCAACCCCAGCAUAGCCGGGCUGGAUCAAGCUGGAAUUGUGGAAAUCGCAGCCGAUAUAUUAAACCAGCGUAUUUCAGGAGCGGGCAUAAAUCAGAAGGACUUCCUGAAAGAUAUCUUUUUAACAGGAGGAAACACGAUGUGGCAAAACUUCGAUGAGAGAUUGAGAGAGGGGUUGAGAGCAAAUUUGGAGGCGGGCACGGAAGUCAAGAUUCGUAGGGCGAAGGAUCAAUUAUUGGAUGCGUGGAAAGGGGCUGCGAAAUGGAGUUGUGGGGAGAGGUGGAAGGAAGCGAGGGUUACGAGGGAGGAGUAUCAGGAGAAGGGUGGGGAGUAUCUUAAGGAACACGAUCUCGGAAAUGCAUAUUCGUGA